AUGGGCUGUAGUGUUAAUACAAGAAUGAAAAGACCCCAAACAACAGACUUGCCCCGCAUAAGUCAAGUCGGAGAAAUCAAAGUAAAGCCGGAAAUUUUUGUUCAAGAAAACCAGCACCGUUUUGCAGAGGUUUAUCGUCUCGGUGAAAGUUUGGGUUCUGGAGGAUUUGGCGAAGUUCGUAUUUGUUUUCACAGAGAGAAUGGGAACAAGCGCGCUGUAAAAAUUAUGCGAAAGGAUCUUAUGAAAAAUGAUAGGAAGCGAGAUGAUUUGGAAAAAGAAAUAAGCAUUUUGAAGUCUAUGGAUCACCCUAAUAUUGUAAGAUUAUAUGAAUUUUUCGAAGAUACGAAGCGGCUUUACAUUGUUAUGGAAUAUUGCAGUGGUGGCGAGCUGUUUGAUGAAAUUAUAAAAAGAAAAAACUUCCAAGAAAUCCACGCUGCCCAAAUAAUGUAUCAGCUGCUCUCAGCAGUUGCAUAUCUCCAUAAUCAUUCUGUAAUACAUAGAGACUUGAAACCUGAGAAUAUCCUUCUGGAAGAUACAAAUGAUUGCUUGAACAUUAAACUUAUUGACUUUGGGACUGCAAUUAUGUCAAGUAAUAAAGUGAAAGAUGCAAUGGGGACAGCUUAUUAUAUUGCUCCAGAAGUCUUAAGUGGGACUUAUAAUGAAAAAUGUGAUAUGUGGAGUUGUGGAGUCAUUUUAUAUAUUUUACUAUCAGGCAAGCCUCCUUUUGAUGGAAGAGAUGACACGGAGAUAGUCAAUAAAAUUCGAAUUGGAAAAUUCAGCAUGGAGGAUGAGCCAUGGACCCGAAUUUCAAAUGAAGCUAAAAAUUUAAUUAAUGGUUUACUAUGCAAAUCUGAUUCCAGACUUUCUGCUGCACAAUGUCUUCAGCACCCUUGGAUUACUUCAAAGGCCCGCCGUGCGCUUGCCACUGAAGAAAUAAUCCAAGAAGUGAUGCGAAACUUAACAGCUUUUCAUACCAGCAAUAAAUUGCGGGAUGCUGUGAAUACCUUUGUGACAUCUCAAUGCCUUUCCAUACAGGACACGCGACUAUUACGGGAAGUGUUCCGAAGUAUGGAUAAAAACGGAGAUGGGAAACUAAGCAGGGAAGAGCUCAUGGAGCAGUAUGUCAGAUCAAUCGGAGCUGCUGAUGCAGAAAUUGAAGUAAAUAGAAUUAUGGCUGAGGUGGACACUGAUAAUAAUGGUUAUAUUGACUAUACAGAGUUCUUAAAGGCAACUCUGGAUAUGAGAAAGUUGUUGUCAAGUGAUAACUUGAAAGCAGCUUUCAGAGUGAAUGUCUGAAAAAGCACAAAACGUUUUAUAAGAAGCUUUUUACAGUCAAAAAUGGUAAAAAUGACGAUAUUUUUCGUUAUGCUUUUUUAAUGCAGAAAAAAAAAAUGUAAAAUUAAAUUUUUCUGUAAAAAAUAUCUAAAGAAAGGAAACUGUGUCCUUUUUCUAGAUCACCAUUUCAGAAUGUUUGACAGGGAUGGCAGCGGAAGUAUUUCAGCUGCUGAGCUGAAAAAGGUACUUGAAGGAGGACUUGCAAGUGAUGAUAAAGUUUGGAACGAUCUAAUUGUACAGGUGGAUCAGAAUGGAGAUGGAGAAAUCGACCUGCAGGAAUUUCAAGAUAUCAUUUUGUCAAAGCUUUAA